AUGAAAGCAUAUUAUGAGAAGUCCUUGAAGAGGACAAAUUGUCCUGCUAGGUUAAACGCGGUUCUAAAAUCUAAUGGAAAGUGGCAGGUUACAAAAGUUCAGACAAACCACAAUCAUGAUUUGGAUACAUCAAUGUGUAGGCUCAUGGCAGGGCAUAAGAAUUUGAAUCCUGAAGUGAGGAGAAAUCGAGAGGCUAAUGAUAUUGCUGGGUUCAGGCCUUGCAAAAGCACUAGGUUGCUUGAAGUCCAAUAUGCAAUGGGAGACAUUCAUCCAAAAGCCAUAAUCAGUGAUCAAUGUGAAAGUAUCAAGAAAGCCAUCUUAGAAAUCAUGUCCAAUAUUGUUCAUAUAUCUUGCUUGUGGCAUAUUCUAUGUAAAGUCCCAAAGAAGUUUAGGAGUAUUGCAAAUUAUGAUAUUGUAGUUCAUGAGUUUAAAGCUAUCAUAUAUGACAACUUAACUGUUGAGAUGUUUGAGAGCAAUUGGGAUGGUUUCAUGGAGAGGCAUGGGCUGCAGGGAAAUGAAUGGUUGUUGAAGCUUUUCAGGGAGAGGACAAAUUGGGUGCCAAUCUAUUUGAACAACAUAUUAUGGGUUGGAAUGCUAUCAACUCAAGGGGAUGAGGUCAUGCAUGCAUAUUUUGAUGGAAGUAAAGAUAUAGUGCUUAAGUGCAUUUAUGAAUUUGAAUUGGAGAGGCAGUUUCAGCGAGCAUUCACAAACGGAAUGUUCAGGGUUGUUCAAGACGAGAUAAGGCGCAUGUUGUACUGCAAUGUAACUCCACAUAUCGAUGAGGAAGUGCAGAACAAGUUGGAGUACUUGGACAAGAGGUUGGAAGACUUAAAGGCAGAAUUGUUGAAUUGGCAAGAUGGGAUGAAUGUGCAAGAAGAGAACUCAAAUGACGUUAUUGUGAGGCAACUAGAUGAUGAUAAUAGGGGAAGAAAUACAAUUGUCUUUGAUAUAUUUGUGACUUGGAGUCGUAGAUGUCCACGGAGUAAUGAUACAGAUCACGACGCGAACUCUGCCAAAAUAAUGUAG